AUGGCUGUUUCCUUUUCUCGACUCUCCAUGAGUGACAGCUCGUCAGAGAACGACGAGUCUGACCGACUCAUGGAGAAAGGUGGCUCGGUCGAAUCACUCUUGCCAACAACAAGAAAUAAUGUACCAAAGGGCUUCACUUGGGGAAGAUUGUACUCCCUUGUACUUCACUUACUAUGUGUUGGCUUGAUAGUUGCCCUCUGGAUGGGCCGUCAAGAAAGGUCGUACGCUGCGGCUCUUCGCGGACGUAGUUGGUCUCCUGCCGCAAAAUAUGUUGAAUAUGAAGUCAAUGAAGAUCACCCUAUGGGCUAUCACGAAGUCAACAAGUAUGCCGGGCCUCCAGACGCAGCUCAAGACGCGGCGUGGGACGCCCUGAUUAGGCCCGUCUAUUUCAACGCAAGUGUCGAAGAACUGAAAACGGCGGGAGAGUCAUUUGAAAACAUUGCCGAGUUGACUGGUGGCGGCUAUCCUGCCAGCCUCGGCGUCUAUCACGAACUACACUGUGUGCGGCAACUGCGCUUCUGGCUUUACCGCGACUACUACUACCCAAACCUCACCAAGGCAGAAGAUGAAUACCUCCACACCCAUCUCGAUCAUUGCACAGAAACCCUCCGCCUAGCCAUCAUGUGUCACGGCGAUACAGGGAUGUAUACGUUCGCUUGGAUGGAUCCCAAAGCACCCAAGCCGAUGACGCAGACAAACUCCAAGUUGGCCUGUGUAAAAUGGAGCUCCAUCGAAGAUUAUGCCCGCACUAGAAUGAUACCGACGCAUCCUUCUCUGAUUCACCCAUCAGGUAGUUCCAAUUAA